AUGAAAUCACUGCACACCCUGCGAGGGCUUGACGUGAAAUCGCUGAAGUGUUUUAUGGGUCUCAGCGAGCUGACCAAUCUGAGGGAACUGCGCAUGUCAGUAGGUCUUAGUUUGGCGUCGCCAAAAGCUGAUGCUUUGGCUUGCUCCAUUGGAAAGCUCUAUAACCUUGAACGUCUGAGCAUCUCUGGCAGCGAUCAUGUUGUUGAGCGUGUGGAUAGCCAGCUGCUGGGUUCAUUAUCCAAUCCUUUUCGACAUAUUGAGCGUCUUGAAUUGCAUUGUUGGUGGUUAUGGAGAGUUCCAAAAUGGUUGUUUGGUCUCCAUUGCCUGCGCUUCCUUAAGCUGAGUGUUGAAGAGACAUCAACUCAGGAUAUUCAUCUGCUUGGAGAGCUUCCCUCUCUCAUCCACCUUGAAUUCGAAGCACUUGAAAUCCCUAAUGAAAGAGCUAUGAUAGGCACGGGGCUAUUCCCAGUUCUGGAGUUCCUAAAAGUCUCGUCUGGGAAAGACACUACGGUGUAUCUGGCCUUUGAGGCAGGUGCUAUGCCCAGUUUACGAACACUCUGGUUCAGUGCAUGCGAUUGGGUCGGCACUAUACCAGUCGGCAUGGAGCACUUGUUACACCUCCAGGAGAUCAAAGUGUAUUGGUUCCCCAAUGACAAGGAUGUCGGGGACACACUCAAAGAGACCUUGCUGAUGCACCCGAACCACCCGUCCGUCACCCUUUUGUAG